GGGCGCGCGCGGCGCGCAGUGCGGGCGCCACGUGGAGCGGAGGCGGAACGCGCGGCUCCGCCAUGGCCUCCAACGAUUACAGCCAGACAGCCACACAAAGCUACGGCGCCUACCCCGCCCCCCCCAGCCAGAGCUACUCCCAGGGGGGGGGGCAGAGCUACUCCCAGCAGAGCUACGGGGGCUAUGGGCAGAGCUCAGACCCUGGCUAUGGCCAGGGGGGCUACAGUUCUUCCUAUGGCCAGAGCCAGAGUGGUUACUCGGCUCCGGCGGCUCCUCCCUCCUACGGCUCCGGCGGCUUCGGCUCCGGCCAGAGCUCCCAGGGCAGCUACAGCCAGAGCUCCUCCUACCCGGGUUACGGCAGCGGCUCCGGCAGCUCCAGCUACGGCCAAGCCCCGAGCGGGGGCUACAACCAGCAGCAGAGUGGGGGCUACAGCCAGCAGAGCUAUGGGCAACAGUCGUCCUACAACCCUCCCCCCAGCUACAGCCAGCAGGGCCAGUACAGCUCCGGGGGCUGUGAGUGAAUUCCUAAAAAAAUUCUGGGAUUUUGGGGUGAAAUUUGGGGAUUUUGGGCAAAAUCGGGGCUGAAAUCGGUUAAAUUGUGACUGAAAUCGGCUGAAAUUGGGGGAUUUUGGGGAUUUGGGAUGGGAACAAUCAUCCUACAACCCUCCCCCCAGCUACAGCCAGCAGGGCCAGUACAGCUCUGGGGGCUGUGAGUGAAUUCCUGAAAAAAUCCGGGAUUUUGGGGUGAAAUUUGGGGAUUUUGGGCAAAAUCGGGGCUGAAAUCGGUUAAAUUGUGACUGAAAUCGGCUCAAAUUGGGGGAUUUUGGGGCUGAAAUUUGGGGAUUUUGGGGGAUUUUGGAUGGGAGCAGUCAUCCUACAACUCACUUAGUGCUGCUCUGGGGGCUGUGAGUGAAUUCCUGAAAAAAUUCCGGGAUUUUAGGGUGAAAUUUGGGGAUUUUGGGAAAAAUCGGGAUUGGAACCGAUUAAAUCAGGAUUGAAAGCGGCUCAGAUUUGGGGAUUUUGGUGGGUUUGGGAUGGGAACAAUCAUCCUACAACCCUCCCCCCAGCUACAGCCAGCAGGGCCAGUACAGCUCCGGGGGCUCCAACAGCUACGGGCAGGAGGGCGGCUCCCUGAGCUCGGGGGGCUACCAGGAGGCGGGCGGGGGCUACGGCUCCACCGCGCCCCCCGAGCGCAGCCGCGGCCGCGGCGCCUUCGGCAACCGGGGCGGCUUCGAGCGCGGCAGCCGCGGCAACCGCGGGAACCGCGGCGGCGCCAUGGGGUGAGUCG